UCGCCGUUGUCAAGGCGUCUAACUCGGUGCCUUAAAAGAAAACAAACAAAACAACCUUUCUAAAAUGGGGCGCGUGGGAGAGAAGCGGGCGGAUAGCGGGGAUGAAAGCAGGGAGCGCCUGGCGGAAGUUCUGGGCGGAAGCGGCCUCUGCCCUGUCAGGCGCUGAGAGGGACGCCUGCCAGAGGCGCGCGGUUCCCAUGGCAACAGACGCCGCCGGGAAGCGCGCGGAGAGAGGUAAACGGGGCGCCGCUUCUCCUCCGCUUCUCCCCCCGAGAUGCUCCGGGCGGGGCGGGGGGGGCGAGGGAAGGGAGAAGGGGAGCUGCCCGGGAGGCCAUUCACACGUGCGCCCUUCCCUCUCAGGACAGCGGGGUCGCCAUGCAGCGGGCGGACUGAGCCUCCGGCAGCCCCGAGGCCACGAACCUUCUGCGGAGGUGAGAGCGGAGAAGUGGGAUCAGGACCGGAUCCAGAGCCCCUCGGAAGGCAGCAGGCCAGGGGGGCCAGACUCCCGACUCCGCUCAGCCCUGGCCAGGGAGGAGGGGAGAGGCAGCCCCCAAAACCUCCCCAUCCCGGGCUGGGGAAACGGGGCUCGGGGGGUUCUACUCGGGUGUAUUCUCAAAGCAAAACACAGAGCACUAAAAAAGAAACAAAACAGUCCGACCAAAUGUCCUCACACUAUUCCCUAUUCUUCAGUGCUCCCUCGUCUUGCUGUUUCCCUAAAUCUACUGACCAUUUCAAAACAAAUACAUGUAUCUUAAGACAGUAUUCAUGCCUCUUUCUACUCAGUUUUACAGGGAAAAGGUGGUCUGAAAUGGAGUAAAUCUUGAUGGCAAGUGACUCUCUACUGCAGGAGUCCAACUUCUUCCUUGUAAUGGGUUAACGGCCACAGAUGGAGCAGCUUGCAGCGCAAGCAGAAAUGUAGGAACACAGUGUGCUAUUUAUAUCCUUUCCCCCAGGCUAGCAUACCUUCUUAAACAGAGUCUGAAAUUGAAUCACGUCCAUUGCAGUCAUACAGUCUAUCUAUGUGUGUUAUAUAUCCCUUCCAGAUAUAUGCAGCAGCCAACAAUCUGAGUCAGUGAGCAAGCCAGCCAAAAUCAACAUUUCAGCAUGUCUGCAAACAAAGGACUCGCUCCAGUGCUGCCAUUUACAUUAUCUCAGCCAGAAGUUAAGAACUUACUCUGAAAGUAACACCACAGAAACUAGCGCUGAUAUGCCCAGGAACCUCACCAAAAUGCUGGAGAGGCUGCACCUCCACAUGUGGUGGGAAUGCCCCAAAAUCCAACCCUUCUGGACAACAGUCAUACAAUAAAUAUGCAAAAUAACUAAACAGAUAUUAGAAGUCACCCCAGAACUGGCCUACUGAACAUCUUACAAGAUAAUAAUGCCCAAUCACACUAUAAAAAGCUCAUAACACACUUACGCUCAGCAGCAUGAAGCAUCAUAGCCGGACAUUGGAGAGACCUGUCAAGGGUAAACAUGGACCACUGGUAUCAAAUUGUAUGGGAAAUGGCCUUACUAAAAAAGCUAACCAAUAAACUGAAGCUGACACAGGGACAGAUAGAAGAGGACUCCAUCACCCCAGUAUGGCUCCCCUUUAGCACAUACACUGCCCAACAAGACAGCAACAAGAAUCCACCAACAGCAUGUGAAUCAAUAUGGCUAACUUGACCCAUACACACAAACAAAUCUCUGCAGCCAACCAAAGACAACCAACCACACCCUGGGCCACCCCACCCCCCUCUUCUCAACCUUAUACUGCACACAACACUUAAUAUCACACAAUAAAUGUAACUGAUCUGUAGAAAACACAACCUGAAGACUGAAUCUUCCAGAGGGUGAUCUGCAGCAAGCCCAGUGGUCAGGGAAAUGGUGGGAGGUAUGGUACUGUUACAAAGGUGGUGCACCACCCCAAAUUUCUCCCAAGCAGUAGGAAGAUUCCAAGGGGUCCCAGGCACUCACCCAGGGUUGUGUUUCCUUUGGGAAAAACUUUAGGAAAUAUGCAUUAUUUUACACAUAUUAGCACCUGGAGUAUUCAGUGGAGGGGCUGCAGAGUUUACAGCAGGUAUAGGCAAACUCAGCCCUCCAGAUGUUGUGGGACUACAACUCACAUCAUCCCUAGCUAACAGGACCAGUUGUCAGGGAUGAUGGGAGUUGUAGUCCUAAAACAUCUGGAGGGCCGAGUUUGCCUAUGCCUGGUUUACAGCAUUCUCAUCUGAAUAAGUUCUUGCCCUGAUGGUUGUUUUUCAUUUAUGUGUUAGUGGCAGAACCACUAACUUCUGCCUGACGGAAAAACAAGCUUAGCCUGUUUGCUCACCAUGAUUAUCAAAAGUUCUGCUUAAAACCCCAACACCCAAGAAUCUAGAGGGGAAAACCUUGCACCUGGGGUUGCGGGGGGGAAGGGGCCCUGUUCCCUCGCUAACCCAUAGCAGUACAAAACACCUUGGCUGCCCCUGUGUUAGCCUGUUGCAGCAGAACCAACAAGGAAUCUUCUAGUAGCCUAAAACUGAUUUUGGCAGGAGUUGUCAUGAACCUCAGUCCUCUUCGCUUUCGCUUUGUCUGUGCUCAUUGAUUUUUGUUCGGGGUUUUGAAUAGAGAUGCUAGGCAAAAGAAAGGAGUGUGCAUACCUUGGGAAUGAUGAUGGCUUCAAUCCAUCCUCCCCCGCUGAUUCUCCGAAGAAAUACAAUAAAGCUGUCACAUGUCACUAUCGUUGCCCUGUGGGAAACGGAUAACAGGAGCAUUUCCUCUCUGACUUAAGCUUUGCUGUGUGUCUCUCCCAGUGGUCUAGCUAGAAAGCAUGUUGCAACUGUGUUUGCAUAGGCAGGUCCUUCCUCAGUGUCCGUGUGUCGUCACAAGUAAACAGGCUGUACCCAAGGAAACCCCAAUGGGAAGCAGAUAGGAAGUGAGGUCACUGUUCCCGGCAAGCAGAUUAGGAAGUAGCUGCAGGGCUAGGUUUGGUCACAGCAGCUGCCAGAACAAGGCGAAGGGAACCGGCUUUGUGGCUAAUGUGCUCCUGUCACCCUCCUUCCCAGCGCCAUGGUGUGCAGGGGUUUGCAUCACAGCCCUUUGCUGUGUUUCUGCCUCUGCUUUUUGCUGACAGGAGCACAGGGGCAGGCAAGGCAAAGCAAGCCUUGGGAGCGCAGAGACGCAGCUCAGAGCUCAGCCUUGCAGGGCAGUGAACACUACGAGCGGCUGAGGAAUCACCUGGGGACCAUGAGGGCCCUGUCCAGGAGAUAUUGGCAGCUCCUGGCCUGCCGGCUGUGGCAGGAGGACUGCGAAGAAGAAGUGGCAGAGAAGAAUGAGAGAAUGAGGACAGUGAUGAUGGAGGAGGAGGAGGAAGAAGAGGAAGAAAAAGGAGGCACGGUCAUCGUGGAACACCAAGGUAAAGAGAUGUCACAGCCUUUCCUCUUCUUCCCCGACAGUUGCUUCUGCACAGAUUAAAGAGGCAGCUACCGCUUCUUAGAAUUUAGCUCACUGAACAAGGAAGAAUAUGUGUGCAUGUAGUGGAUGGUCUGAGCGGUCUCUCAAUUCUUAGUUUUGAGCCACAUAUUAAGACUGCAAUCCUAUACUCACUUCUCUGUAGUGAUUCCUGUUUUAACCUAGUGGGACUUACUUCUAGCAUUGCACUGCGUGCUAGUCUCCCUGUGAGUAUUGUGUUUCAGAGCUGUGUAUUAUGAUCGGGGUUAGGGGUUCGUUGCUUUUUAAAAACUGACUUUUAAUCAUUUUCAUAUGUUCAUCCUGAUGUUGUUUUGCAUAUAUUGUACAUUGCACUGCACACUUUAUAAGGGGAGCAGUGAUUACUGUAAGCAAACAACGACCUAAUUUGGCUCUGGAUAAUAUCACUCCUGCCUCCAAAAAGUUGCUAGCAGAAAUUUAAAAGAGCAUAUGAAAAGGCAAGUUUUAGUAUAUAGUCUUCUUUUUCUGUUAAUGUAUGCCUUUUAUUACACAGGUUUAUGAUUUUUGUAGUGGUUUGUAGGUUCCCUUGAAUGCAAGGAUUACAGAAAUAAAUCUGGCUAAGAAAGUUUAUAUAGAAUCCUGAACCAUCCAAAUCUCACCUUACCUUGGGCUCUGCACUGCAGUCUCCUCAGUUGAGCUGGGCUGCACAAGUUGGAGAGUAAAGUGGCAAAAUCCUGUGUAGAGUGGGUCUUACUACUUCAGGCAGCAGGUGCACACUUUUUAAAGUAUGUUACCUCAUCCGUAGCCUGAAGUGGUAAAGUCCUUGGCAGGGCAUUCCCAUCUCCUCCUGCUGGAUGCCAGAACAGGCCAUUCUUAGUUGUCAUACUUCUCAAACACCUGUGAUGAUAAAUAAUUGGAUGGUGGGGGAGGCCACCCACAGAUAUGGGAAAACUACAGACUGCUUGAGUCUCUUGCUGGACUAGCAGAGGUCUUCACAUGUGUUGUUGCUUCACAUGUGUUGUUGCUGCGGCAUCCAACAGAAGUGCUAGCAAGGACGUCCGAGGGAGUGGAGCUGAAAGCUUUGGGGAAAAAGGCAAGAGCAGACAAGUGUCUCUCGCGCCUGCCCUCAAACCCUUGCCAUUUCUGGUACCAUCAAUGGAAGUUGGUGGGGAGAGUGCACCAGUGGCAGAGGUUGCUUUGGGCAAGCCCAUUUCGGACACACUUCUUCCAUCAAGAACGGCCAACUACACAAAAUAGUUGUGAGGAUGAAUGCAGGGCGGGGGUGUGGGUGGUGGACAGACAUGACCUGCUUGAGUCGUGGGCACUGAGGUAGCUCCCGGCUUUCUUUCCCAAAACUGGCUUGGCUUUCUCCUAGGGUGGAGCUUGCCCAUGGUGAGGGAGAUCGUCUCCAGCUGGUACUGCAGCUUUGGCAAGUGUUGCGCAACGGGAGACUGCAGAGUGACCAACAACAUCACAGGUGAGGACUGUGUUUCACCUGGCACCCUGCGUAUUUCACAUACGCCCUGCAUGAACUGCCUUCGGGACACUGGCACCUGGUGCCCAUCAGAGCUGCUGGGGCAGCCCAGCCACUAAGGAGGUCAUGUGGGGUUGGGGUGGGCAGGGGCAAGGCCAUAGGUGCAAGGCCAAGGAGGUCAGAUUUCCUCCCCAUCCUGCCUUGCAAGGACAGUCUGGACACUGAAGCAUUGCAGUCGUACUAAUACUUAACACCUAUGUCAACAUAAAAAUGAGGGUAAGACCCACAGUACAAGUGGAGCUCAUCUCAGAAUAAGAUGCAGACAAUCCCAUUAGUAAACACAGCUAUGUCUUUCCUGUAAAAUAGCUGGAAACACCACAAAGCAAGAGCUGGUUUAUUUCACUUGUCUGAGAAUAAAUCAUGUUAAAGCCACACUCCUUAUUACCGCUACACCAAAAAGGAGGAUGACAACAAUAGUAAUGGUAAUCAUCAUCAUUAAUGAAGAGUGUAAAUAGAAAAACAUUUGCUCCCAACAAAAAUAAUGAACACAUUUAUUGUGUUCUGGCUAGAGUGGGUUUUUAUGCCACAAAAGUCAUGUCUACUCAGAAGAAAGUGCCAAGGAAGUGGGGCUUAGGAUAGCAGCAUAAACUGCAACUCUAAUUUUCUCUGUUAAUCCUGUGAGCGCUGGUGAGUAAGAAGUUCUAAGUCCCCAAAAUAACUCUCAGAUAGAAAGAAGCCUAGCAGAUAAAAGGCACCCUGGAAAUGUUCAGCUGCAGUGUCCCUGUUCAGCCUCUUACAGGUGAAGAAAAACUACAUUUUUCAGAAAUGCAGAUGUACUCCAGAUGUUGUUGAACCCGAGCCCCAGCCAGUGGGGUCAGUGAUCAGGAAUGAUGGGAGUUGUAGUUCAGCUACAUCUGGAUGGCUGUUUCAUAGGAUACCCACCUCUAUUUUGAGUCUCACAAUGAAAGAAUUAAGCACAACCCAGCCUCUCUCACUAAAACCUGUGGAUUAUAUAAACAAAUCUUAAAUUAUGACUAUCAUUUUCGGGAUAAAAUAGGAAAGAUUCAAAAUUCCAUACCCAGUUACAUGGAAGUAAGUCCCACUAAAUUCAGUGGGGGUCACUUCUGCGCAGACAUGUUAUAGAGUUGCACAGGAAGACAGAACUCUUAUCGUGAGGAAGCACCAGCAUAUUUUUUUUUGGGGGGGGGGAGAUUCCAGACCUGAACCCUUUUGCCAUAUUUCCUGCCUGCAAGAAGAGACCACUGCUCUCAUUGUGCAAAAUCAGGGAUUCCCUUGCUCCAGUAGAGGUUUAUCCUCAUUCCACGACAAACUGGAGGGUGGGCGAGUAAGGAGCAUUUGCCUAGGACUGACUACAUGCAAAGUAACCUGCCCUGCCAAUUCCCAGCUAAAUAGAUUUUGGGAGGUGCUUUCCUCCAGAAGCCCUUGACCUCAGGAUCAAACACACUACAAGCCCUGCCAUCUCUCUCUCCCUCUGUUGAGCAAAUAUAAAGGGAAUCCUCCUCUCACUGAUAAGGAGGGAUUGAAGGAGAGGCCUGCCGUUUUUUGAAAACUGUUUCCUCACCCUGCCAACCAAGCCUCCAUAACUCAGUUGGUUAGUGUGUGGUGCUGAUAACGCCAAGGUUGCAGGUUCGAUCCCUGUAUGGAACAGCUGCAAAUUUAUGCACUGCAGGGGUUGGACUAGAGGGUCAUCAGUAUCCCUUCCAUCUCUACAAUUCUAUGAUUCUAUUUCUCUCCCUCUGUUGUUGUUGUUUAGUCGUUUAGUUGUGUCCGCCUCUUCAUGACCCCAUGGACCAGAGCACGCCAGGCACUCCUGUCUUCCACUGCCUCCCGCAGUUCGGUCAAACUCAUGCUGGUAGCUUCGAGAACACUGUCCAACCAUCUCGUCCUCUGUCGUCCCCUUCUCCUUGUGCCCUCCAUCUUUCCCAACAUCAGGGUCUUUUCCAGGGAGUCUUCUCUUCUCAUGAGGUGGCCAAAGUAUUGGAGCCUCAGCUUCAGGAUCUGUCCUUCCAGUGAGCACUCGGGGCUGAUUUCCUUCAGAAUGGAUAGGUCUGAUCUUCUUGCAGUCCAUGGGACUCUCAAGAGCCUCCUCCAGCACCAUAAUUCAAAAGCAUCAAUUCUUCGGCGAUCAGCCUUCUUUAUGGUCCAGCUUCUCUCCCUCUAAGCCCCUUAUUUAUUUUCCCUCCCCACAAAAGAACCACCAUAGAUAAUGAAAUAAGUAUCAAGUCUCUGCCUGUAUGUAGCUGGCACAUUUUAUCAUGUCACGCAAAUAAAACAAAACAUGAUAAUGGCUAGCUAGCCAGCACUCACAAACAUUCUCUUCUCCUCAUCCAUCAAAAUGCAAGGUAGGACUUAGAAAAAGCCCCCACCCCAUGCCCAAAGACUGCCAAGUCAUUGAGGGGUGAAUUAAAACCAUUUUCAUCCCUUCUGCGUCCUCCCCAUGAAAUCUUUCCCUCCUCCCACCCCCAAAAUAAUAUUUUAUUGACUCACAAAACAAGUUGUUUCCACACUCAUUUGUCUCCUUGCCUUCUGCGCCACAUAUUGAUGUGGGCUGAUGUACUCUUGGUCUCUCACACACUCAGGAACGUCAACCAGUUGAUGUUAUGAAAGCAGCAAGGCUGCUUUUGGCUUAACUCAACGGGGCUUGCAGCAGUGGAGGGAAAAGAUGGUUGUGCAAACUCAGGAAGAACCUAUGGUUGUGACUGGGCUUCAAAGACAAAGCCCAGCUGAUUUGGUAAUGCUAAUUGUGUUGCAUGUUAACUCCUGUACGCUGAUUGGCUGGAUUGCCAAUCAGGUUGGGAAAGCACACCUGGUUUACCAUUUGCCUCCUACAUCCUAACAGCCUGGGAAUGGCAGUGAACUUGCUGUUGAGGUUUUGGCCAACAAGUGAGUAGUUUCCUCAGAGCUUUCUGUGGCUACAAAUAACCCUUGUAAAACACAAAGGCUCCAAUUCAGCUGAAAUCAGCUGCAAUUAAAUCCCAAGGAAAUAAAGGGACAAGGUUUUCAUUAUUAACUUUGUCCCACUGGGAGCAAUGGGCCCUAAUUCAAUUGCAUUUUAAAAAACCCAAAGUGGAGAUUCUCAAAUAAAGCCUGUUGUGGUCUUUCAUCUUUUUAGGACUGAACAGAUACCCCUUUGAAUAUCUCAAGUUGUCUAGCAAUACAAAUGAUUCUGUGACAAAGAAAGCUGGGGGAAUUAUACAAAUUUGCCAGAUCUCCUCUUAUUUUGCAUGAAUUAGUCUGCUGCUGUUCUUUUAACUAUUUUACAUUUAUCCUCCUGCUGCUAAUCACUGGUAAACUCAAGAGAUUACAAAACUCAUAGAAACACCAUUACUAACCACUGGAAGCCCAUUUUCUGCUCACCUGCCCUUGCCCAGUUUCCCAGCAGUAAUGGUGUAACUUGUUUAAAGGAAGAUGAAGGUCUUUGAAAGGUGGAGUUUGUGACUUCUCUACAGUUCUAUGGAAUCAUCACACACUUGCACCCAGAGACCUCCUCUUAAGGGAUGAAUUUCUAGCAAUACUGCCCUCCUUCCAUUGUGCCUUUUCUCUCAACCAAAAAAUGAUACGCAAAGGAUUUCCUGCCCUUUUAUUCACCACCAGGGUUGGAGCUGGAGCUGGGCAGGCGACUCCACGGGCAACACUUAGCAAAAGAUGUUGUCCUGAAAGCUGUUCAAGGCUUCCUGGAAACCCCUCAGCCAGAGAAAGCCUUGGCCCUUUCCUUCCACGGCUGGUCUGGCACAGGCAAGAACUUUGUGGCCCGGAUAAUGGCAGAACACCUUUACCAGGAUGGCUUGAAAAGCGACUGUGUCAAAGUCUUCAUCUCACCAUUUCACUUCCCUCAUUCCAAGUAUGUGGAUAUUUACAAGGUGAGGGGAAUUUUUCUCAGACGAUAAUUAACCAGUGUACUGAUUGUUUUGAUGUCUCAGUGUUGAAUGAGUGUCCCUCUUUGCUCCUCAAUUCUUAACUUUUGUAAAGUGCCAUCAUAGAACUGUGGCAGAAUUCUAACCUUACAGUGCCGCCUCCCUCCCCUCCCAAAUCACUUUUUGUCUGCAUUUGCCUACACCCCACCCCCACGGUGAUGUGUCUUGUAAUUAAAACCAUUUUGUGCCACUCAGCUUUUUAUUUAUGAUUUUAUGCUGGCUUCAUGACAUGACUAUCUUUCUUUUUAGUUGCUCAGUUUAUUGGCUUCAAGUUUUUAUUGUUUGAUAGCUUGUACUGCAAUAACUGGCCAUGCAAGGUUUAUUCCUUAAAACAGGGGAGGAGGAGACCCUGCAGUCCUUUAGAUUUUGCUGGACAACCACCACUUCCUUCCCCGACCAUUGACUGGGGCCGAUAGGAACUGGAGUGUAGCAAAAUCCGGAGAACCAAAGGCCCUCCUCACCCUGCCCUAAAAGGUGGGGAAUUAAUCUUAUUAAAUUCAUUUCCCGUCUCCUUUGGCCGCUCAGGUUCAGCUCGCAAAACAGAUCAGUGGGACGGUCCAAGAGUGUGAGCAGUCACUGUUCAUCUUUGAUGAGGCAGAGAAGCUUCACAAUGACCUCUUAGAUGGCUUAAAACCCUACAUGGAUCACUACGACAGCAUUGAUACAGUGGAUUACCGGAGAUCCAUCUUCUUAUUCCUUAGGUGAUUACCUCCCCUCUUUUUUUGUAGUCGAUGUACCAAAGAGGGGUCUCUUUUUCCAUAUGUGAGUUUCCAAUAUGUGAGUUUGAAGAGAAGUUUAUAAGCUUAUUCAGGUGAAAACCCUGGGAUGCAUCCAUCUGUCACAAGCAGUUCCUCUCCCUGCCGUAGGUGACAUGCUGCAGAUCCUGAGGAAAACCUCCAGUGCUGGCCAGCUUAGCAGUUUGAUGCAAUAAGCAAUAUCUGCUGUGAAAUAUCCAGUGGGUUCCAUCCCAAAAUAUGCAAGGGGAAGGACAUGCAUUUCCCAGUUUGGGGUGGGUGGGGGAAGAGUUGUAUCAGUCUCAAAAGAAACUGCUUUUCUGGAUCCAUAUCCAAGGCGAGGCCUUUGAAUCUCAUUGAGAACUUUACCUACUCUCGCUGAAAUCUGAAUUGCUCUUGGUACUCAUCCUUAUCUACGAAAAAGAAUGUGGAAAUGUCUGUUUUGAUAGCUUGUUGUCCCUUGAUGUCUGGUACUUUGAAGCUAUUGGGAUUUGUGCCAGUUUUUUUGCUGACUUUUGGGGGGUAGGGCCAAGAGUUGCAUGCUGUGCAGCCUCUCCUGCAAACACAGCUGGGGAUUUGCUGACGUGCAGCUGCCCAGGACUAAGUCAACCUCCAGCCGGGGCAGUGGAACCAUAUCACUGCCAUGUCCUCUGUCCUCCUGGCUGCAUCCCCAAUACAAAGGGGGAUGUAUUGCAAUGGCUGAAGGUGCAAACAAGGUAUUGCUGGUUUAAAACUCCCUUCAGCCUUCAUUUUCUCACCUGCAGGCCACGUUAAGUGCUCUGAGCACAGGCCAAGCUAGCUGUACCAUUGUGUAGGCUGGUUCUCUUUUCCUCUGCGCAGGGGGUGGUCAGGUUGGCCACCACCAAGGGCACAGGCCUGGAAGGGGGAAAUUGCGCCUCUGCGCUCUGGCUCGGAGCCUGCCUGCUUGCCCAUGCGCUCUCCUUGCCAAGGCUCGCAAGGGAGCCUAGCUCCGCCUCUGCACCCUAUGUGCUCCAUGCUAGACUUUCCAUGACCUUCAGGGUAGGGAAGGGGUCUACUGAAGCCAUGGAACAGGGCAUGCCUCCUAUCCCAAGUGAAGCCAGGAGACCAACCAUUUCCAACAUAAAUUAUUACACAGACAGCUCCUGGCAAUUUUCUUAAGAGAUGUAGCCGCCCCAUGCAACCUGCUAUAGCACCUUCUAUUCUUACAUCUGUGCAUGGAAGUUAACUAGGACUUUCCCAAAGUUGCUGAUCCCUGGUUUGGGACCUUUGUCACGAUGGUUGAACGCAGAACAGGUUGUGUGGCAAAGUUAUUUUCCCUAGCUGUGGCCUCCUCAUUCUGUCGGUCCAACUCAAAAAUAAUUCUCUCUCUUCCCUCUCAGUAACACCGGCAGCAACAUCAUUAAUGAGGUGGCGCUUGACUUCUGGCGCGCUGGUCGAGCCAGAGAGGAAAUAACCAUGGAUUCCUUAGAACAGUACCUACGGACGGAGCUGCUGGAGUCCACAGGUGAGACGCCCCUGGAUCCUGACACAGUAGGCAGGAUUUGCGAAGUUCUCUUUCCCCGUAGGGUUCCAAGGGACUGCUUCACGCAUCACCAAAGAAUCAACAUUUUCCUGUAGACACUGCAUUGUGAACCUGUAUCAAAGCAUUUGUUGUAAAAACACAUUCUUAACAUGUGAUAAUGACUUACAUCAAGGGUGGGGAAGCUCCAAGGUUGCAGAAUUCGUCAAGAUGGGGCUGAUGGGAGCUGCACUCUCCCAUCCCUGGUUUAAGUGUGCAUCUGAAAAUCCAAGGAGAUGGCAUAUCCUGUCAAGGACGCAUGCUGUGGUCAGCCAGUGUCUACUGACGCAUAAUCCCCACAACAAAGUGAGCUCCCGUUGCUCUGCCCCAGCUCCUGCCAACCUAGCAGUUCGAAAGCACGCCAAUGCAAGUAGAUAAAUAGCUACCUCUGUGGUGGGAAGGUAAACGGUGUUUUCGUGUGUUCUGGCUUACGUCACGGUGUUCUGUUUUGCCAGAAGCGGCUUAGUCAUGCUGGCCACAUGACCCAGAAAGCUGUCUGUGGACAAAGGCCUGCGCCCUUGCAGGGCCGUCUUUACCUGGGGGUGCAAGGGGUGCAGGGCACCCAGGCACCGAAUUCUGGGGGGUGCUAGGCGCCCGCUCUUCGGUGCCUCCAUCUCCAGCGCCGCCACCACCACCUCUGAGACCGAGCAACAGCCGCCGCUGCCACUGCCCGGAGCCCCGGCCGAGGGAGGAGGACAAGGAAGGAGCACGAGAGAAAGUGGUGGCUCCCGCGGAGAAGGACAGGGGGCGGCAGCAGCAGCGGGGGCCAUCACCACCCCUCGCAGCAGCAGUGCCUCAGGCCAAGUCCGAGUAGGGCUUGGCAUCGAAGCAGCCGCCACUGGCACAGCAGAUACCUUGGGAGAAGCUGCGCCUGGAGGAGCAGGAGGCAGAAUAGACAGCGAGGCAAGUCCCAUCUCAGCCUCUCCCCUCCCUGCCCUGCAGAGCCGGCCUGCUGGGAAGGGGCAGCUCCUUUGCCCGCCCGUCCCAACAGACGGACCCUUCAGGCCGGCGAAGGGCCGCGCUAUAACCCCUCCCCUGGCGCCGGGGGUGGGUCAGCUCCGCUCUUUUCCCGCCUGGGGAACCCGCCGCCCACCAUGGUGCAGGCUUCCCUCCCUCCAGGCCGCCCUAAAUUUGGGGGCGCUGGGUAGAUCUUUGCAUCCCGGCACCGCAUAUGCUAAAGACAGCCCUGCUCCCUUGGCCUGAAAGCGAGAUGAAUGCCGCAACCCCAUAGUCACCUUUGACUGGACUUAACCAUCCAGGGGUCCUUUACCUUUUUUUACCUUUACUGACACAUAGUGUCAAGAGCUCCUUUAGAUAAAGCAGCGCUUGCUGAAGCAGCUAUAAAUUCACUGGAAAUGUUAGCUGCAUUGCUAACAUCCAUGCUUCCUUCCCCGCGGGUGGCGCUGUGGGUUAAAUCACAGUAAGAGCUGUUCGACAGUGGAAUUUGCUGCCAAGGAGUGUGGUGGAGUCUCCUUCUUUGGAGGUCUUUAAGCAGAGGCUUGACAACCAUAUGUCAGGAGUGCUCUGAUGGUGUUUCCUGCUUGGCAGGGGGUUGGACUCGAUGGCCCUUGUGGUCUCUUCCAACUCUAUGAUUCUAUGAGAGCCUAGGACUUGCCAAUCAGAAGGUCGGUGGUUCGAAUCCCCGUGACAGGGUGAGCUCCCGUUGCUCGGUCUCCGCUUCUGCCAACCUAGCAGUUCGAAAGCACGUCAAAGUGCAAGUAGAUAAAUAGGUACCGCUCUAGCGGGAAAGCAAACGGCAUUUCCGUGCGCUGCUCAGGUUCACCAGAAGCGGCUUAGUCAUGCUGGCCACAUGACCCGGAAGCUGUACGCCGGCUCCCUCGGCCAAUAAAGCGAGAUGAGCGCCGCAACCCCAGAGUCGGUCACAACUGGACCUAAUGGUCAGGGGUCCCUUUACCUUUACUUUUUAUGCUUCCUUCCCACUGUCUCUCCUGCUCUUCCCCUUCCCUUGUCUCCUCCUGCUGCCAAAAUUUAGACUGUUAAGAUCCCGGGGACAGCAUUCUAUCUGUUUUGUUACUCCACUAAAGGCCACAUACGCUGAUGUUCCUGUACAAACAGCCCAUGCCCAACUCAGCUAGGAAAGCAGCAGUCUUUCCUAGCCAGCUUCUGUGGCAACCUGGAGACACAAUACCUUGGGGGAAAGGGAGGAAAAGUGUCUUAUGCACCCCUUCCACUUCUUUUCCUCCAGAUGAGGGUUAUGCCCACAACCGCCUUCUGGAAGAGAAUCUCAUAGACUUCCUGGUACCCUUCCUGCCCUUGGAGUUCCGCCACGUGAAGCUGUGUGCUCGAGAUGCUUUCCUUGCCCGGGGCCUUCAGUUCACCGAAGAGGCACUGGAUGAGGUUGCAAGGAUGAUGGUGUUCGUCCCCAAGGAGGAGAAACUUUUCUCAGCCCAGGGUUGCAAGUCAGUCUCUCAGCGUAUAAACUACUUCCUUCCCUGAUGUUGUCGGAGUUUGGCUGCACAAAGGGCUGCAAUGCAACCUGCUCUACUUCCUCUUCCACAGGGAGCGAGAGGUGUUUACUUCACUGACACAGGGCAUUAAAUCCCCUACAAUGUGGGGGCUGCUGGAAUGGGGAAAAGCAAUAAUUCUGAAGCCUGUGGAGGAACAUGCAUCAGCAAGUGAAGACAUUGCCAAUGAGUAGACACUAUGCAGCAGGAAUCAACAUCAAUGGUGCUGUUAAAAAGGACAUUUUCAUGCGCUGCUUUGGAAUAAAUGGUGGGCAUUUAGGCAGGUCCUGAGGCAGAGAAACUACAGCAGCAAGUAGAGUUGAAGGCUGCUUCCUUUUUGUCUUGAAGACUGAGAUUUCUUUUGGCGGUUAUCUGAAAGGAGACAUGACAUCCUCCUCUGCCCCUUUAGGGGUGUGACGAAUAAGGAGCUGGAAUAUUUGCUUACAAUGCAAGAAAUGCCUCCGAGUUAUUGCAUGAAUGAGGGGACUUGCCCUGAACUUGGAGAGGUAGUACUUACCUUCACAGUACUUAAUAAUCAGCUUUUAAAGGAUGCGGGGAUACUGCAGCAAGUAAUCUGCUGCAACGUUUUGGCUAAUGUGCUUCCCUGUAUAUAUGUACACUAUGGAGAAUGCACAUUUGCAAUUUUUGAUUUUUAAUCUGCUAAGGGACUUAAAUCCAGGACACCAUCAGGGUGUACUCAACUCAAAGUCUGUGUUUGUGUUGGAUGGGUAUGGGGUGGGAUGCAGCGACAAGUGCCAAAAGCUCAGCGCGGAAGUUGAGCAAUAAAGCUUAGUCAAUGGGAGAUAAAAAGCAAACACUGUUUGCAUGAGCCAACGUUCGCUGGUUUUGCAAACCUGCAUCUUUAUGAAUUAAAACUUGGCACCGUUACCCAUUUCUGCCACAAUACAAAGCACAGGGUGGUCAAGCUUGGCAUCCUGAGGCUUGUUCUGGCCCACUUUGGACAUACUUUAGAGAGUGCAGCAGCCUCACAUUGGGCAGGUGUAUCCUACUACUUAGCCCACCAGAAAGAGAUGCAGUGCUUGCUUAGCAGGUAGGAACACAGGCCAGAAUGAUACAGGAAUUUAGAAAUGAGCUAACAUUUCAAGCCUCCACACAUAAGCCCUGGGCAAACAUUAACCCAUGCAUGGAUAUCAACCAGUCCUAGAGGCAGCCUAAGCAUGCCUGGUGGGUGAGGCUGGUACAAUUUCAUUUCCUCACAAUAAAAACUUGCAAAUUAAUCCAAACUAUUAUUCUGGUUUAGGGUGAGCAGCAGGAGAGGCUAACCCAUGGCUUGUGCACUGAAUCUAACUUCCUCUUGAGCUAUUUUAGUGCCCUCAAGACCCUCAAUAAUUUGGUGCCAACCUUCUAUUAGGUUGUUGUUGUUUUUGCAAACUGUUCUGCUCUGUGCCAUAGUCUGCUGUGGUGUGCAGCUUCCUCAUUCUUGAAAACUUGCAUCUGAAGCACUUGCUAAAAAUAAAAGCGCAGGAACCACCCAAAUCACCCUUUCUUCUGCACUGGAAAAGUCCCUCUUGCUCUCAUGGUGAAGCAGAGCUGUAGAAUCACUGCAAUGCUCUAAGAAGGCUGUCUUAAUGCUGCAAGGUUGAGUGAGACGGAGAGAGGGCUCACCACAAUUAAAGUUGAGACAUGGCUAUGGAAAGCCCAGGCAUACAAGCUUGCUCAUUGGGUCAGCACUUCACACAUACUUGGGAAAUGAACAGAAAAACACACUCCUGGCCCAAGCACUGGUUGCUACAAGAUGAAAACAAUCGUCCAAGUCCUCUCCCAUCACUCUGGUUCUUCUCCCUCUCUUGACAGGGAAAAUAGCUUGUCAUUAGUUGGUCUCUUUGCUUUACCAGCACAUUAUGGUUCUAGCUUAUUAGAACAGAAAUGUGCAUUUUACUUCUCAUAGGGCUGGAAAAUCCAACUGCUUUCCUGAGCACAGACGAAGUGCGAGAGCCACAGCAGGAAUGGGGGGCAACAAUGACUUGACAGAGAAGCUUUAAAAGCCUCAAAGUACAAUAGCUGGAAACUGCACUGAGAUAGCCCCCAAGAUGAAGAGGUGGUCAGGCAUUCUGCUACAGGAGGCACUUGUGGAAAACGCGGGGAGGGGGCAGAAUUAACAUGUUCAGACAACUUAUCAUUGUAAAAGCAACAAAUCCAUGUUUAUCCCUUCUACAGAAGUAAAAGGUGAAAAAACCCGCACCACUACUAGUUUCUAAUUAUGAAUUAUUAUAAACAACAUUAAAUUAUUUGAACUGUAAAAAUAAUUCCAGGGUCGUCAUUUCUGUUAACUCAAAUUCGUUCUAAAAAUAGUUGUCGCAAGAACUGCCGCUUGGCUUUGGACUUACCCAUUUCUGGUUCUUCAGCCAUGGUGACUUUGGCACAUGGCUCCUACAGAGCUUGCAAUGGGACAACAUAGACUCUGAGACGUGGCAAACAGAUCUAGCACUGGCAUGUCCUGAUGCUCCACAAUUUGGCCGAAAACCUGUGGGUUCAAUUGCCACUGCACCUCUGGCACCACUGAGUGGCAGAGCCAGUCUGCUACCACAUUGUUGACUCUGGCCAAAUACUCUGCUCUCAAAGACGCUAGAUGCUUUUCUGCCCACAUGAAUGGUUUUUCUGCCUCUCAAUUCUGCUUUUUUGACCAGGUCCUGGCCUCCUUGUUGACAUAGGCAUGGGCAGCAGUUUUGUAGGUCCACACCAGCAGGUGCUGAUCCUAUAACAUCCAAACAGAGGCCCUGAAUCACUGACUCCUCCAGGUGUGCUCCUCAGGUAAUGACAGGCAUCUGUCAUAAGAACCAGCCUCCGUGGCUCCUGAAGACUUACUCCUGAAAAAUGAUGGGGGUGCAGUUAGCAGUGUAGCACCUCCUUCAACGUAGGAGGCAUAGAGAGUAGUAUCUGUUCUUUCUGGAUGAUCUAGUUCUGAAAGGGGAGCACUUGCUGCAGCAACCUGGAGUGAAGUCUUGCGCAUGGCACUAGGUUGUAGGCGCUCACCAAAAGGCCUUGUAGAUGAGCCAGAAACAUCAGAUCCUCAGGAUACCUGCAGAGCAGGUCUUUUCCACGCUCUCGUCAUGAUAUGAACCUUUCCAUCACCACAUCCCGGAGGGGAAGGUUCUGUAGUAGACAAACCUUAGGUAAUUAUUCUGGUGGCAAUGUGGAGACAAGCCUCAGAGAGGUCUACAUACCAUCCAGUCACCCUCUUUUAGUGCCUCUAUGGUUGACCAUAUUGUUUCAAUUUCGAACAGGUGUUGUUGUUUUUUACCCAUUUGUUUAGUUAUUUGAAGUCUAGAAUUGUGCAAAUGUCUCCAUGCUGUUUGGCACCAAGGAUGCGAUUAAAGAUAUUCCAGAUCUCCCAGAAGAGGAGCAGAACCUAGGGCUCUGAUGUCCAACAAGUGUUGAGUGGUCCAUCAGUAAGCCUGAUGUUUUACUGGAUUUCUGGAAUGAGAGGUUGGGACAAACCGAUCCCGAGGUCAAAUUGUAUGGCAUUUGGAUACCGUCUCUAUCACUCACCUCUCUGUUGUUAUGUGGGACCAGAGAUGGGCAAAGGAGAGGAGCCACUGGGCCCUAAGACACCCCCCUGUUGUAGUCAUGCUGAGGUGGCCUUAUUGGGCCCCUUUCUGGAGCUUGGGGGGACUGGAAAGGGUGGGCAGGUGGAUCGUUGUCUCUGCUUGCCUCCCGCUGUCCUGCCUCCCCCAGAUGUGGAAAGAAUGUCCUCCAGGUAAACUACAGCAGUAUUUGCUUAUUACAGUUGAGGACUGCUGCACACAGAAAACUGUGUGUUUGCUCUCUAGGUUUGCUUGCCAAAAGAUAAAAAAGCACAUGCAACAAAGGCAAGAGAAGAAUAUGACACAACAUGCAGAGUAACCACACUUUGGUCUACAGGGUCAAAGAUACUUUCCAAUGUUGUCAUCCUUGUGAAGAGGAUUUGCAAUACUACACACAGAAGUGUGGCCAGCUGCUCAGCCACUGGACUUAUGGACCUUUGGCACAGUUUUAUGGUUGAAAACCUCAAAUGAAAAAUAAGCACACAACUUCCAUACUGUUCAGAGAAGGGUGACUUGGCAAAUCGGAAAUGUUUGAGACUGAUGAGGUGUUUGUGUCCCAAUGUCCCAUGUGCCAAUGCUGAGCAGAGGUCUUCCAGUGUGGUGAUUUGGCCAGACCUGGGUCAUGGAAACUGGGAUUUCCAGUCAGGAAACUCACAGGGAGGCCUCAGGUUUACUUACCGCACUUUGCAAGGGUAACACGGGAUGCUCUUUAUGCUGUCUUGAACUCCCUUAAGGAACAGCAUGAUAGAUAAGAUAAAUACUAGCAUUGCUUUUUGAGAAAAGCUCCCCUCUGGAAAAAAAUAAAGCACAGGAUUUUGGAGAGGAUGAACAAACAAAAAGUCUUUAAGGAAGAGCAGCCCUAAUCAACAGCAGGUGACAUAAUUUGCAGACUCAGGUGGCCCAUAAAAGAUAUUGACAUCGCACAUUUAUUUUGACAGCUUGAGGACUGGCUAGAUAUGGUGACACUUUUUUAAAUCUCGUGCUUCGAACUCCCCACUUGUUUUUUGUUUCGAUUUUUAAAUCAGUGCAAACAGCAGUGCUGUGGUGGGGGAAGAAAAGUGCUUACUCCUUUGGCGGGCCUGAACUGGAUCAGGGCCCCAUACUGCUGUUUUAAGAACUUGCUUGUACAGUAUUGUUUUUCUAGAUAACACUAAAAUAUAGACAGAGAACAAUAUUUGUGGUCACCAUACAGUGUGAAUAUAAGCCCAAUGGCCAGUCAUAUGGAUAUUCAAUCCCUACCUCUAUUCUGCAACUUGAUGUGUCCUUUGCCAGUUGCCCAUUUGGUUGCUUAGUUUUUUUGGGGGGGUUACAACAUAUGAAAUAAAGCAAUGUCAUAUUAUGAAGGAGCAUAUUUAUGUGUCUCUAAUGUUAUGUCCUUAGUUACUUUGUCUUUUUUCUAAAAAAUGGAUAUAGAUUCCAUAUCUGAAAAUACCAAUGGUCAGUUGUGGACUUGCCAUAUUAUUUGUAGAACCUAUGAUGUGCUGUCACUACUCAAAACAUUAGUGCUUCUUUGCGCAGAGGAUUUUCUGUGACAAACAAAAGAGAACAACAGUCACACCUGCCAUUGUGCUGGUUUCUUUUUGGUUAGUAGUAGUCUUCAAGUUAGGGACGCGGGUGGCACUGUGGG